AUGAGGCCAGGAACACUACUAGUAGUUGCAGUGCAAGAUGCUAACCUACAAAUAUAUCCUCUUGCAUGGAGUGUUGUCGAUGGGGAAACAAAUGCAUCGUGGUAUUGGUUCUUUGCAAAGUUGAAAAAUGUCGUUGAUGAUUCAAACCAGCUAGUGUUUGUGUCGGACAGGAAGAAGAGUAUUAAGCGGGCAGCGCUAGCAUACCGCGUAUCGGAAUUUGAUCAGUUCAUGACACAGAUAAGAACCAGUCGACCGUCAAUGACAUCUUACUUGGAACGUGCCGGUAUAUCCACCUGGUCACGGGCACAUUUUGUUGGUAAUCGGUACAACGUUAUGACGAAUAAUAUUGCAGAGUCACUGAAUUCAGUCCUAAGGCGACAAAGAAGUUUCCCUAUAAUCUCGUUGAUCGAAAAUAUUACGUCAUUGAUGCAACGAUGGUUCUACGAGAGAAAAAGUGUAUCCAUGAAAUGUAGUACGACUGUGACACCAAAAAUUGAUGAUGAUUUGAGAAAAUCAUUCGACGCCGGUGUAACUUUACCAGUAACACAUGUUUAUGUCGAGAGUUUUAGAUGCGACAAAUCUCAUGUUCACAUACAUCCCGAGCUGCUUGCGCAAAAGAAAAAUCAUUUGUAUGAUUUGUGCUCCCCUUACUACACCACAGAAUAUUGGCGAGCUGCGUACAACGAAGUUCUUCACCUCGUUGGCCGAGAGUCAGAUUGGGUUGUUCCUCGAUCUAUUCGUUCCGUUGAAGUUUUGCCCCCGAAUAUACGUAGAGCACCAGGUCGACUUCCUACCCAACGUCAACGGUCAAAAACUGAAAGGUCGACGUUGAGACGAAAAUGCGAUCGAUGUGGGGGUUCUGGACAUAACAGGCAAACAUGUUAG